CCUAAUCCGGAUAAUUACUAGAUUGCAGCCAGCACCAAAUCAUGUAAUUCCCAGGAACCUUUAUAAGGCCAAGCGCUGGGUCCCUCACCAGGGUCUGCCGUGGGUCCACCAGCAUCGCCAUGAGGAUCCAGCUCCUCCUCCUCUCCUUCCUCUUGGUGCUCCUGCUGCCUCCUCCAGUUUUUCCUAAACAUAUCAGCAAUCCUGUCGGCUGCCUCAGGAAUGGAGGUGCGUGUCAGGUCGCCUGCCGCGGACAUCUGAAACAGAUGGGCACCUGUGGCACUCCGCGACUCAAAUGCUGUCCGACAAAGUGAGGAGGCCGAGAGACC